AUGGAGUGGCAGAAAGAGGAGCAAACUCUCGGGGACCCCAUCGUGUGGUCUCCUGGGGAUUCGAGGUGUCAGACCCCGACUGAGGAGGGGCAGGAAGAAGGCGUGGAGUCAGCGGUGGCUACCCUGGGCAUGGAGGCAGACGGCGCCAGCGCGGACGGGCUUUGGGCUCUACCGGUCGAACUAGCUGAGCGGAGGCCAGAGUGCAGCCGCUGCAGCCGGCCUCAGAAAGUAUGCUUAUGUCCAUUUCUACCAGUACAUCCUCUACACAUCUCUACCCAUUUGUACAUAAUUCAGCAUCCAGCAGAGGAAAGUAAAGUGUUGCGGACAGUUCCUCUACUAGCAGCAUGCCUCCCCCAGGAAAAGUGUAAAGUCAAGAUUGGUCGUCGCUUCAGUGAAGAAAGGGAUCCUGAACUUUCAGCUGUUUGCCGAAAACCUUGUACAUUAAUACUAUAUCCAGGGGCUGAAGCUGCUAAUUUGGAAGAAGUUAUAUUAGAUUCUCCUAUUUAUCCUUCCACAAUUAUCAUCAUUGAUGGUACAUGGAGCCAGGCUAAGGAUAUUUUCUAUAAGAAUUCCUUGUUCCGACUUCCCAAACAGGUGCAGUUAAAUACUAGCAUUUCUAGUCAGUAUGUAAUUCGAAUGCAACCAACUAAUAGUUGCCUUUCUACACUGGAGUGUGCAGCUGUUGCUCUUUCCAUCUUAGAGAAAAAUAAUUACAUACAAGAGACUUUACUUCGACCUCUUCAAGCUUUAUGCUCUUUCCAGCUUCAGCAUGGUGCUCAAAUUCGCCUCAGCAAGGAACAUCUUCUGAAAAAUGGAAUAUAUCCUAAACCCAUGCCAAAGAAUAAACGCAAGCUCAGGAAAAUGGAAUUGUUAAUGAACAGUGUUAAAAUUUAG